UGCCCCGGGGACAUCGGUGCAGCACCUUCCCCCGGGAAAGGGGAGUAGUGCCCGCCAGUGCCUCCACUCCCUGCCCGCUGGAAUGAGGAAGUGGCUCCUGCCACCUUCAAACGUCACUCGGCACCGUAGUUCCACUGCUGGCACCAUUCGCUGGCCCUGUAUCCCUGGGUGCAGGGACUUUGUCUCCACUUAGGGAGUGGGGGUGCUGGCUCUGGACAUGGCUGGGCAGAGAGGAGGGCUGCCACUGCUGCUGUUGAGCCUUGCCGUGCUGGACCUCACGCUGGCGACUACUGUCACAGAUGUGACAGCAACCAUGUCCACGAGUGUCCCUAACUCCCUGACACCUAUGGAGACCUCAGCACUGCUGCCCACCACUGACCCCACCACUGCAGCCACUCUCCCUCCCUCCAGCUCUGAAUCCUCUACCCUGGAGAGGUCCAGUACAUCGCUGGGGACCAGCAGCUUCUCACCAUCCACCACGCCUACUGUCACUGCAGCCGCCCUCCCUCCCUCCAGCCCUGACACCUCCACCAUGGGUGCUUUCACAGCCAGCAUUGUGCCUCUGAGGAGCAGCCCGGCAGCCUCCAGCAUGACCACACCACAGGUGACUGGUAGCACAGCCCUCAGCACUCCCGAUGGCACCUCGGUACUACCUGAGCCCACCCAAACAAGGCUAGGGCUCACCACCAGCACCCCGACACCAGCUCCGGUGGCUAUGACAUCCAAUGGUACUGAUUCAACCAUUGUCACAUCUGUGGGGACCGGUACGCCAUCGGCUGUCUUAUCGUUUGGAGUCGAAAAGAAAACACUGCCUCCCUCCAACUCUGCUCCUCUCUCCUCCACCGGAGCGGGCACCACGUUUGGCAUCACCACCCGCCAAGAGCCAGCCGUGGCCACACUGCUUGGCAGCACAUCGCUAGGGACCGGCAGCGCCUCUUUCCACACCGCAGCAGCACCGACAGUCACUUCGGAUGAGCCCCAUUGGACCACGUCGGACACCACGGCCACCGCCGUUACCAGCACGGGGGGCCCCGGGAGCACCCCCACCCAACUGCCCGAGACCACGGCCGGGACCACCGCUGGCGCCGCCUCCGAGACCCCCAGCUCCGCCGCGGCGACUACCGUCACAGAUGUGACAGCAACCAUGUCCACGAGUGUCCCUACCUCCCUGACACCUAUGGAGACCUCAGCAGUGCUGCCCACCACUGACCCCACCACUGCAGCCACUCUCCCUCCCUCCAGCUCUGAAUCCUCUACCCUGGAGAGGCCCAGUACAUCGCUGGGGACCAGCAGCUUCUCACCAUCCACUGUGCCUCCUCUCACCACACCAGCACCGACAGUCACUUCAGCUGAGCCCUUGACAACCCUGGCAGACAGCACAGCCUCCCCCUUUACCAGCACGGACAUGUGCAGCAGCAAUCCCACAUCCAGGACUACCCCUGGCAACUCCAACUCACCCUUGGGGUCGACCCCAGGUAUAUCAACAGUAUCUGGGACCCUCAGUGCAGCCACAGGCACGGAGCCCUCUUCCCCUGCUGCCAGCUCAACCCAGACCACAGAGGUUGCCCUCAGCACCUCUGCAGACCUGCCAACGAUGCUGCCUGUCUGCCCCACCACCACAUCCAACACCAGUGUAUCUCAUCUCUUUCUGUCACUGCGGCUAACCAUCCCCCUGGACCUGGGCAACGCCACAGUGCAGGAGCUGCUGUUGUCCAAGCUCCGCGGGGACUUACAGACAGCGUUUCCAUGUGCCGGCCUGGCGGUAGAGUGGCGAGGGAAGAGGAGGACCUGACCGCUGCUCCUCGCCCAGCCAGCACCCAUGUGGACUGGCAAGCCGUCUGCUGCCAGCUCCUAACUCACAGUGGUGCAGCCCUUUGGGGUAACCUGUACAGCUCCCCUUGAACCUGGGACCCCCCGUCCUUCACUGCCCAUCCCCACAGGACCCCCAGUGCCUCUCUGUGGGCUAGGGUGCCCCUGCCCCUUCCCUCAGCCUCUCUGCAGAGCCUGAGCCCUCCCACCAUCCUGCACCAGACCUGGCUCCUGUGAUGAGGCUCCCCCUACCAGCACUGCCAGGGGACCAAGAAGAGAGGGCCCUGUGGGGAUGGGCUUUUACAGCUGGGACUAAGCUGGCUCAGCCAUGAAGGCCACCCUGAGGACCAGUGGAUGAGAGAAAGGAGACCUAGAAGCCCCAGUGCUGCUGUGCCCAGGACACUCAGGGCUUUGGUUUUGGUGGUCUCCAAAGAUUUGCAACCCAGGGAGGCUGCAGUGCCUGAGGUCUUCAGGAGAUGCUUCAUGGCUGCUUUACAUCCAGAGCGGGCCAAGGUGGAGCCUGAGGUGGUUCUUGGGAAGGAGGCAGGAGAGGAAAAGAGCCCCCAUCCCACACCAGAGCCCUGCCCCAUGGCCAGUGAGCUCCUGAGCCCUGCAGUGCAGUGGUCAAGUGAAGCCAGAGCCUGGUACAGAGGCAAUCCCCAGCUCACCUGUGGUAUUGCUGACAGGAGCAUACCCAUGCUAACCAGGCUGGGCAGUAAAGGGAAAUCCCAUGUUUUCUGUGACAAA